CAGGCGGGCGCUCCCGACCGACCGCCGGCGACUCAGUCAGCCUGGAAAACUCCGGCUCCCUUCCCAACUCCCGCUGCCCUUCUGACAGCGCGUGUCUACACGCUACGUAGGCGUCGGCUGUUAGCACAGCUCUUGAUUGUAGAAAAUCUGAAAAAUGAUAGAAAAGUGGAAAGAAGGAACAAUAUUAACCACACAGUGCUGCCCUCCGAGGGCCAGCGUCUCUGCUCUUCAGGCUCGGUGUGCCCGGCGCGGAGGCCUGCAGGCUGCCCUGGCAGGAGGCACCACCACGAUCAUCGACUUCGCCAUCCCUCCGAAGGGAGGCUCCCUGCUGGAGGCCUUCCACACCUGGCGCCGCUGGGCCGACCCCAAAGUCUGCUGCGACUACAGCCUGCACGUGGCCGUGACCUGGUGGAGUGAGCAGGUCAAAGAAGAAAUGGCAAUCCUUGCCCAGGAGAAAGGUGUGAACUCCUUCAAGAUGUUUAUGGCCUACAAGGACCUGUUCAUGGUGCGAGACCCAGAGCUAUACGCUGCCUUCUCGCAGUGCAAGGAAAUUGGAGCCAUUGCUCAAGUCCACGCAGAAAACGGAGACUUAAUCGCAGAGGGGGCCAAGAAGAUGCUGGCGCUGGGCAUCACGGGCCCCGAGGGCCAUGAGCUGUGCCGGCCCGAGGCCGCAGAGGUGGAGGCCACCUUCCGGGCCAUCGCCCUGGCCAGCGCAGUCAGCUGUCCCCUCUACGUGGUGCAUGUGAUGAGCAAGUCCGCAGCCAGGGUCAUCGCAGAUGCCCGGAGAGACGUGCGUGGGAUCUGCUGUCCUAAAAGAAGGGUUUUGGUUCCGGCUGCACCAGGGACCAUCAGCACAGUCUCAGGCAGGAGGAUCCAUCUCGUUGAGCGUCGGUUCAUCUACCACGCCAGCCGUGUGCUGUCAAGGUCAAAGGGGUCAUGCACGAGGCUGGGGAAGGUGGUCUAUGGAGAGCCCAUAGCGGCAAGCCUGGGCACUGACGGCACUCACUACUGGCACGAAGACUGGUGCCAUGCGGCACACCACGUCAUGAGCCCGCCCCUGCGGCCGGACCCCUCAACACCAGGAUUUCUCAUGAACCUGUUGGCUAAUGAUGAUCUGAGCACGACAGCUACUGACCACUGCACCUUCAACACUUGCCAGAAAGCGCUUGGGAAGGACGACUUUACCAAGAUUCCCAAUGGGGUGAACGGUGUGGAAGACCGGAUGUCAGUCAUAUGGGAGAAGGGCGUGCAUAGUGGUAAAAUGGAUGAAAACCGAUUUGUGGCAGUUACCAGCACAAAUGCAGCCAAAAUCUUUAAUCUCUAUCCGAGGAAAGGAAGAAUAGCUGUAGGCGCUGAUGCCGACAUUGUGAUCUGGGACCCAAACGCCACAAGAACCAUCUCGGCUAAGACUCACCAUCAGGCUGUGAACUUCAACAUCUUCGAGGGCAUGGUCUGCCACGGGGUGCCGCUGGUGACGAUUUCAAGGGGCAAAGUGGUAUACGAAGCUGGAGCUCUGAACGUCACCCCAGGACAUGGGAAGUUUAUUCCACGCAAACCAUUUGCUGAAUAUGUUUACAAACGAAUCCAGCAGCGAGACCAGACCUGCACGCCCACCCCUGUGGAGCGGGCACCAUACAGGGGAGAAGUCAUCAGCCUGAGAUCCAGAGAGGCACCAGAGGAUGCCACAGCAGGGACCGGCACGCAGGCCGCCUCCUGAUCGGCUGCCGGGUGAAAUCAGAGGAAACGAUGCCGCAGCGGGCUUCAGCCAGUGCUGUUGACCUCAUUUCAGCGCCUGGAGACCCCUGGGCCUCACGAUUCCCUGCGAGAAGCGACUGCGGCCUUCUCAGCUGCACCUCUGUUGCUGGACCUGAGACAGAGGUGGAAAUGAGCAUUGCCGAAGUGGGCCGUCCGCUCCUCGGCUUGGCUUUCCAGUGCCCUCUGUGCCUGUGCUACGUUUCUUUCUCUGUAUUUUUAAAAAUCACUUUCUUUCCUGUUUAGAGGUUUUCAAAGGGCUGAUUUGCUCUAAGCCAGCGCUGUGAUUUUGCGUGGGAUGUGGUUAAUAAACCCUGAGGUCUUCAUGGUAUGCUAUGCCGCCUGAACCUGUGGGUCCCGAACAGGUACCCCAAGAGUGUGGUGUCUGCCGUGCUGUCUGCCGCCUCUGCCAGAGCUGGACCCUGACAGCCCCGUGUCAUCCAGCCGGGCGCUGUCCAGGGCGGCCCCAUGGAGACGGCGGGGUGCAGGACUCAGGUGCAGCUCAUCUGGCCCCGCCCCUCCGCUGCCUGCCACGCCCGACCCUGCGUGCAGGGCUGAGCCUGUUUCUUCUCCUGGGUGCAGAGGUCAGGAGGGGUUUUAAACCCGAAGCCGGGCACGUCGGGCGGCUGUGUUCCCCUGUGGCACCUGCCCGGCCUGCCUACUUCGAUCUGUCUGCUGCUCAGAAGGGGAGAAGGAGCCAGGAGGCCCGGAGGGGACCCUGACUCUUCCUUCUCAGGUACCUGAAAGUCUUUUACUUUUCUCCCGGACUUUGAUUGACAUGGAAACCUCACAAUGAAACAACAGAGUCCUCGGAAGGAAAUAUUCACAGCGCUUUCCUACCCAGAAGCCAGCGCCCAUUAGCGUUCAGCUGCGAUGUCUUCCCCACAGCCUGUGCUGGCCUCAGCAUGACGGGGUUCAGUCUCCCUCACGGUCCCUCACAGCAGACCCCACCUCGCACCUCGUCCUCCCCGCCCUGUGGAGGGGUCCUCAGUGUCCUGGGCUCCACAUCCGGGGUUCUGCCAACCGCGGAUCAAAAAUACUUGAAAAAUAAUUGCAUCUG